AUGGCAUUUCUACUUAUUGUAUUCGCUAACAUUCUUCCUCCCGAGUCUUCUAUCCCUUCCUCUCAAUUUGCAAAUCAGCACUAUGAAACUAAAUUUGCCAAUGAGCUGAUCCUGCGAAAAGAUUUAAAAAGCUCUAUUGGACGUUUAUCUAAGUACUUUUCCUCUCCACGUGAUGGUACAUUAGUAAAUGACAUACCUCAAUGUAAUGGGGAGCUGCUACAUGAUGGCGAAGAGAAUGAAAAUCAUGAAGGCAUUCGAACGAUUAUUGAUGCCUCAGACUUGUCGCUAAUUCUGCUCGACACACACAUUAGUACCAACCAGGCUUUGCGGCUGCUACAGACAGCUUUCCCACCAGGCCUAAUUUCCGCGUACACACUUAAUUUGGAAGAUACUACUCUUCGAACCGAUCAGAUUCAUACUGGCUGUUCGGAGACUAGUGUGAGUUGCAAUCCCUUCUCUGCAAAAGAAUAUUCAGAGGCUCCAGACAAAGUGAAUAGUCGCUUAGCGGCCUAUCCUACGGCCGAAGAUAUCAUCAUGCUAGCUGGCAGGCUUGCAGGAGCAACAGUGGAGACCGAUCAACUCAUGAUCAACCCUAAUUCCAAUCUAUUUCAAGAGAAGGCGACGUUUAUGUUAUGUUCGAGUGAGUUGGUCCUUUUCAAAUUAUGGAAGUAA